AUGGCCGAUUCGAUCGUCCAAGAUGUGGUGAACCAAUCUCGGUCGGUCGGCGACCUUUCGCCUGCCGACGCUGCUGCGACCACAACCACUACCGACUCAAAACCUUUAGGGGACGUGAAUGGUGUUGUCGACGUUGCUAUCAAAGAGAAUGGUCUUCACAAUCCAACAAUUCUGUCCGACUUCGAUGAUGCCUCGGCUAGGUCAGAUACCGAUACUUCAAGAGCAGACGGAAGCGUUGCCGGUGAUAAGCAAUCCGAGUCGAAGCCGCUCAAGAAGUUCGCUCCUGCAAAGCCUGUCAGUUUCGCAAAAUAUUCUGUACCCAAAACCGUGGCCGCCAAUGCUACGGCGAAACCUGCAGACAAAGGUCCUGCGGUCAUCUUUGUCCAAUCUCGCGCAACCUUCACUGACAGUCGUACAGCGCCCACUCCCACUUCUUCGACUCCCUCUUUACAGCUUGCCGGUCGUCCGAGAUUAGUGGCAAAGUCGACGAGUUCUCUGCAGCAAAAGGCCAAGACGUACAAGCCGGUCGCCCCAGAUCCGAUGCAAGUCUGGAACAAGAAUCGAGUGACACCCGCACCCUCGACCAAACACUUGACCGACGAAGAGCUUAAGCAGCAAUAUGGUAUUCAUCUAACAUCACGACUCCAAGCCGAUGUAGAAGGCAAAGAAUCCAAGUGGGCCGACAUUGAUGACGACGAGGAUGACUGGGCUCCCGAGACGAUUGAAUGGAACGAUGGUACCAAGACAACACUGGCCGCGACCGAGACUCAUCCAAAUGCUCCUGCGCCACAUCCCGACGUACCAAUGCCUCGAGAGCCCAAAGAGGUGCAGGUAAUGAAGCCACCGCCACCACCGCCUUCCCAGUUCACGAGCAGUGUGGGUCCUAAUGCGACGGUCCUCAAGAUUGGUGCGAAUGCAGAGAAGCAAAUGGCGCAGAAAGCCGCGGCAGAAAAGUCUCGGUCACCACUUGAUAAUGCUCUCGGACGGUCGCCAUCAAACACUCUGCCCGCUCCUGUGCCAGUCAAAUCUCCAUGGGCACCUCUCCCCCCGGUGGACAAAACCUCGCCUGUCGAAAUCCAUCCACAACCUAUGAUGCCUCCACCGAACCGAUUCGGCCCAGGUCAUGGACCAUCUCACUCUGGUAACAUGCAAGCGCCCUCUCCCGCGAGAGAGAUGUCUGCGGACGACUUCAAUCGAGCUUGGAGGGACGGCCAGCCCAACCAGCCGCGUGAGCUUUUUAUGCCCAAUUCCGGCCGUUACGAGGCUGUAUCGGACGGCAGACGUAGAAUGUCACGAAACGAUCAAGGCUUCCGUGCUCCGGCCGUUCUCCAACGCCCGAGUGCUACAGAUCCCCACGCUCCCGCCGAGCCUUCGGCUGCCUUCCAAACCACACGCACCAGCAGCGAUGUUAAUCGGCGUAGAACGUCCUCGAUAGUGUCAGGUGGCAGUGGUCAGUUUGCCCGUCGACUUUCAAUAAGAUCAGGCGACAUGUCGGCACCAGUCUUUGACAAUAUGUCCUCGGACCUGAGUGCUCGGCCUACGUCGCAAGACGGCCCGCCUUUGCAAGUGCAGACUCCUGCAUAUCAAGCUCGAACAACGACUGGCGACUACAUUUCGGCGAACCUUUCGGAAUUCGACCUUGAGGCGGAGCGCGAGAAGCAGAAGCAGAUGAUGAAGGAGAGCGGCAUCCGCGCACGUCAGCGUCGCCUGGAAGAAGAGGCGAGAUUAGAAGCUGAGAAGCAGGAGCGCAUCAAGAAAAAGCUGGCCGCCUUGGAAGCUGCACAGCCUCCAAGCGAACAGAAGAUUGAAGGUCCAUCAGAUCCACCUCAAAUGCCGGAAGAACAGCCAACCAAGGUUGAAGCGCGUGCAGAGUCAGGAGGUGAAUUGCCUCGGAUGUCAACAUCUGUCUCGCAGUCUCCACCUAAGCCACCCCAGCCACUGGCGACGGGCGAACCUCAACAAUAUGGCAUGAUCAAGGUACACCCUCUCGACACCGCGAAGAAGAUGGGGAUGAUGGACCACCAGAGACCCUUUGCGAGCAUGAGGCCUGAUCGAGAGAGCUCGGAUGAUCCGUCUAGGCCAUUCGCGCCCGGGUCUAACGGUAUGCGGACUGGAGAGACUCAGCGGCCUUUUGGCAGCGAAUCUAUUGGUGCCCCCGAGCCCAGUCCAAAAUUCUCCAAGUCUGGCUCAGCACCUAACGGAGCGGUUGGCCGCGGAUGGGGGGAUCCCCGUGGGCCUGGUGCAGGCAAUCUCUGGGGAAUCUCGAGCAACAAGGCGCUCGGCAAUGGAACUUUCGAUCAGACACUAGCAGGCUAUGCUCCUCAGGACUUAUCACGCGCACCUUCAGGUGCUCCAGGCUGGUCAAGCGGCCGAACACCUGUCGCAGGAAGCUCCCCUCACGUUGCAGAGGCCAGAUUGCCGCCUGGCUCUCCACUCCUAUCGCCUGAUCAGGGACCUCUGGCAGCCGACAGCGAAGUUGACACCUUGUUCCCCGUUGUACGCCCUGCACCUAUCGGGCCACCUCAGCAGCAAAACCUUCCAUCCGCGCCAAGCGGAAUGGCCAGCUCUCCUUCACUCGGUCACAGCAGCAAUCUCGCAGCUUGGAAUAACUUUCAUUCAGUCGCUAGCGCACAAGAACGUGCGGAGAAUGACCGUCUUCAGAGAGAACACGCAGCACGAAAGGAAGAAGAACAGAGAACUGGAAUACGUCGUGGUCCGCAAUACACCUUCAAUGAGACGUGGAAGCAGGUCCAUCUGGGGGAGAAUCCCACUCAGCGCGACAUGUCUGGCAUGACGCAUUCGGCAGUAUCUGCCUCUCCUUUCGGAGCGGCCGGAUCUCUGCCAACCGGGCCAGCUCCUCGCGGCUCGAGGUUUUUCCCCUCACCCGUGACUCACCCGAUAGAUGAGCGACGGUCUGCGACAUACAGCUAUUCGGAGCCACCUGGCUCGCCGUCACCACCGCCGGCCGAGGAAUAUGCUAGUGCGCACCCCGCGUUUGAUGGCGAUCAGCACCGACCUGCCGUUCGCUUCCCCAGAGAGAGAGCUGUUGUCAAGCUGCCCCCUAGCAGUCCCCUUACGCCACCAGCUGAGCCUCAUGAAGAGAAGCCGUCUCAACCUAUGACUUGGGCGGCGAGAGCUGCAAUGGCCUCUCAACCUCAGUUACGCGCAGUCUCCACACCAAUCGCGCAGACGCCAUCUUGGCAAGAGCGAUUCAAUGGCCUGUUCGACAGAAAGCUGGCAUCUCAGCGCUCAGCCGAAUCCCAGCCUUCUCCAGCUGUGGAAAUUUCCUCACGUGAGCUCCUAGAGGUCAUGUCGCCGACCGGAGCUUCAGUGUCAUUGCCAGUGCACGCUUCGACCUUCCCACAAGACGAGGCUUUCAUCGUCGCGUCCAAGGAGGUGGAGGAAGAAGAAGAUCUAUUCGAAGAUCGUGAGUUGGCAUCUUUACCGACCAUCAGCCUGCCACUGCAGCCGUUAGUAUCGCUUCCGCUCGCUCUGAAACCGCGCAUGUUCUUCCAGAAAGGCCUCGAAGUGACAUCCGGGGAUCCUUCAUGGAUGCACUUUCCUCGUGGUGGACAGUAUGCUAUUGUUCGAGCCCCGGGCACGGCAAAAUCCACCAAGGUGAACUUACCGUCUUACGAGGGUGCGGUAUCACACAGCAGUCCCAAGUAUCCGAAGACCUCAGGGAAGCGGGGCGGGUUCAACGGCCGUGGAAAGGCGCGCACUGCGGCCAAGGCUGCUUGA